UGAUGUGUCCUAUAGAAAUUCAAAAAUUGUUCUUACAACUUUUAGAAGAAUUUAAAGACUACCAAGUAAUGUAUACAGAUGCAUUGAAAGGACCCUACUCAAUUUUUAUGGGAAAGGCAAUUGCUAUAAAGGAAGCCCUUCUGCUUUGCCAAGUAGGUAAUCGCCAAAAAUCAGUCACUGAUUCGAUGAGUGCGCAAUCCAAAACCAAAUGUCUAUACACGCAACAAUAUUGGAAAUUUUACAACUUACUUGGGAUAAUAAAAGGGCAGAGAUCGUAG